AUCCGGCGAUUUUAUCCACACAAACCCACCAUCAUUCCCAACUCCCACUCUCCACAAACCCUAGAAAUUCUUCUUCAUCUUCCUCAACUCAACCCUAAUUCAUCAAAUUCACCAUUAAAUAUGGCGAUUACAACCGCUUAUUGGGCUACUGGAACCUCAGUUCCCAAUAUCCCCCAAACCAGACCCCCUAUAUCGUCCAAUUUCGAUUUAUCCGUUGCGAAGAAACCCUAUAAUUUGAAAUUCAUUUCAGGUUCCAGUAACUCGUUCAAAUCUUCACCGAUUAACACCAGUUGCCGUUGCAGUAGCAGUAAUGGCGCCAGUUCUGAUCAUGCCACGUCAUCGGAUUGGGAUUGGAUUAGGUGGACACGUCAUUUUGAUGAAAUUGAGGUUGCUGAGCGGUCUGUUUCACUUCUUCAGUUUCAACUAGAAGAAGCAAUAGAGAAAGAAGAUUUCCAGGAAGCUAUAAAGUUAAAAAAAGCUAUAGCAGAAGCGACAUCAAAGGAUAGUGUUGCUGAGAUUAUGUCUGAAUUGAAGAAUGCAAUACAUGAAGAGCGUUACCAUGAAGCUUCAAAGUUGUGUAAAAAUACAGGAAGUGGGCUGGUUGGUUGGUGGGUGGGUUACUCUAAAGAUUCCGAUGACCCGUUUGGAAGACUUAUACGCAUAACACCUGGUGUAGGCAGAUUUAUUGGCAAAAGCUAUAACCCAAGACAAUUGGUUUCUGCAUCUCCUGGAACUCCUCUGUUCGAAAUAUUUGUGGUUAAAGAGCAUGAUGAAACAUACACUAUGCAGGUGGUAUUCAUGCAACGAGCUAAAGCAAGCAACUCGAAAGCCACCGGUCCAUCGAAUUCUUCAUCCACUGAAGGGACAUCAAUGAGUGAUACUAAAAAUGCAUCUGUGAUUGAUGUGAAAGUAAACGAAGAUAAACCUGGCAAAAACGAUGAGAAAAGCAUAAAUUUUGAGGGAUCCACCGAAGACGGGAUAAAAAGCGUGUUUAAUUUCCUCAAAGAGAAAAUCCCUGAACUAAAAAUCAAAGAUUUAAAGGUUAUGAAAGUCGACGUUGAACAAGUAAUCGAGGAUAAUGAUACUGUUAAUCAACUGAUCCAAGAAGAUGAUGAGAAAUCAACUUCGGAUGAAGAAUCUGAAUCUGAAGAUGGAAACACGGAUUCAAAUAACGAUGAACCAGAAGAUGCAAAAAGUUUAGAAAUGAAACUAUUUGUUGGGGGAGUUUUACACAGUAGAGACGAUGCACCGUCAAAAGAUGAAUUUGUGCGUGUUCCUGCUAAUAUUGAAGAGAUGGAGAAGGACUCUUUUGUCCUUCAUGUUCCGGUUAAGAGUCAUAAUGAUAAUGAUAGUGAGGAAAGCAUUGCGUCGAAGGUAAAAAUAGCGGCUAUUGCUAGUCAAGGUGUUUCUGAAUUGAUGCCUCCGGAUGUGGCUAAGGCUUUAUGGAGUUCUGAUAAAGUUUCUAGGAAGGUCUCAAGGGAUGUUCGUGAAAUCGUCAAGUUUGCGGUUAGUCAAGCAAAGAAGCGUGAGAAAUUAUCAGAAUAUACAAAUUUUAGUCGGAUCACUACAUCUAAAGGGGAUUUAGAUCCAUUUGACGGCCUUUAUGUUGGUGCAUUUGGCCCAUAUGGUACUGAGGUAGUACAACUGAAGCGAAAAUAUGGCAACUGGAGUGGUGCGAAUGAUGUCGAGUUUUUUGAGUAUGUUGAAGCUGUGAAAGUGACAGGCGAUCUUAAUGUUCCUGCAGGCCAGGUGACAUUUCGUGCUAAAAUUGCAAAAGGGGGCCAUUUUUCGAACCGUGGAAUGUAUCCAGAUGAAUUAGGAGUGGUUUCGAGUUACAAAGGUCAAGGUAGGAUCGCUGAAUUCGGGUUCAAAAAUCCAAAGUGGGUCGAGGGUGAACUCCUCCAACUUAACGGCAAGGGUAUGGGACCGUAUGUCAAAGGCGCAGACCUUGGUUUUCUUUACGUUGUCCCUGAACAAAGCUUUCUCGUGCUAUUUAACCGUUUAAGACUGCCGGAAUAAGCACACGCAGCCCGUCACGUUGCUAGAUUUUGAUGAGACGAGAUCUCUUUGUUUCUCAAAUAGGUCCGGUCCCCGACAACAAUGUAACUAUCAUACACGUUAGCAAGCAGUAUUAGCAUAAUUUUCAUAUAGAGAAUGAUAAUUGUUGCCUUUAAAAAAUGAUUACUUAAGCUACAUAUGUGUUAAAAACUUAAAAUUUGAAAGUGGCAUUUGUGGGCUCCACCAGCUUAUAUAAUAAUCAGUGUUGCAUUAUUAGAGGUUCAA